AUGCUGGCGACCCUAUCCCUCUCUUCAUCAAUCUCCCCUCCAUUGACCGACCCCGACCAGGACCUGGUCACCAAGCAACUGAGGUUCCAUGGCUUUUGGACGAUCAGAUCAUGGAGAUCAAGGCAGCACCGCCAACUCAUUCUCAUCUGUGACGGGAUACGACGAGAGCCAGCAGUGGUCAACCUCCACCGGACCAAUUCUCUGAUCAGCCUGGCCAGUGGAAUUACCAAGAUGGUCAUCAGCUGCCGCACCCAGUUCCUUGGGCCUGAGUACCACAGCCGUUUUAUGCCGCAAAGUGAAGGUGGUCACUACGACCGCCCUGCUCCUCACCUUUUCCAAGAGGCUGUGAUCACUCCGUUCUCCAAGGCUCAAAUCGAGAACUAUGUUGAGCAGUAUGUCCCCUUGGAGCCAAGGACGUGGGACACAAAGGACUACAUGGACAGGCUCACCACGAUUCCCAACCUACUUGAUCUGGUCAGGAACCCCUUCCUCCUCUCACUUGCAUUGGAGGCACUGCCAGGUGUGACCGAGGGCAAGCAGGAUCUGUCGACGAUCAAGAUCACGCGAGCUCACCUCUAUGACACCUUCGUCAGCCAUUGGCUCGAUGUUAACAAACGACGGUUUGAGAGGAACAAUGCCUUGUCGAUGAAUGAUCGCGACAUGCUAAACCAACUGGUCAGUGCGGGUUUUAAUUCUCUGGGUCUCGACUACGCUACCAACUGGCACGAGCUAUCUUUGACCGGCAGGACGGAAAGCCAGUGGUCAAGUAUGUCCAUUUGA